CUUGUCGCCUUUUAAUUCUGGUCGUUUUUUAGCGUAUUUAGACUACUGGCAUCAUUGUCGAAUAUAAAAAAAAUGUUGAGAGACUUUCACUACAGAUGGAACAUUAAGAAUGGGGAUCAAUGGUUUCACGGUUUAGAAGUGGUUAUUGUGUAAGCUCCCAGCUUUACAAUUAAUGUUCCCUUACUAAUAAAUCAUGUGAGAACAAAAAUAGCCAAUCAGUUUGUUGUUAAAUUUUCAGUGUGUAAUAAUCCGAUUUCCACAAUAUGUCAGCCUAUAUAUAUGACAGUAUCAAGGGUACACUGCUGGAUCCCACGGCAUCCUUUCGUUCCAGCACAUUACUCGAUGAGGAGGCAGUAAGGAAGCUGCGCGGUCAGUGGAGUGAUUAUAUCUUUAGCCUUCCCAAGACGCCUUUCGAAUUGCAGCUGGCCAAGUCUCGGGCGGAUCAAGCCCUUGAGUUGGUCAGAAGCAAGCAAAAGGCAGUCGAAAGACAGGGCCCAUCCACUCCGAAACGCUGCCGCCGUCCCCUCACAGAUCUGCACAAUUCGCCACGUACCACUAGCCGGAUGAAGCAAGUUCUCGAGACCCGAAUGCGACCCUCCAAAGUUAAAGAGCCCGAAUUACAGUACAACCUGUGUCCGCAAUGCGGCCUUGUCAAGGACUCGAUUUUAAACCAUGAACACGCCGAGAGGAGACUACAAAAGUUGUUCGAGCAGCAUCCCAGUUUGGUUCCAAAAGGGCGGAAUAGAAAGUCGCCGGGGUACUAUAGAAUACUAUAGAAUGUGGACAUUUCUUAAAAAGAAGGCAGUAUUCUAUGUGUUUCUCAGAAUGUACUUAGGCUCAUAUAAUCUUCAGUUAUAAUUAAUGUUGUA